AUGCGUGAUGGAAAGUGCUCGGACGCCGAUGGCCAGGUGCAUGACGAGCGACCAUCAUCACGGAAUUCGGAGGCAUCAGACGCUAGUCGACCGACUACGCCGAUACCUACCACCAGGGAUCGACGAUUGACGCCUGGACUUGGCCAGUGUGAAAUUCUCACUGAAGAGGAAGAAAACAUGGCGCCGGAUCAACUCGAAAUCCUUAUCGACUCGUUGAAUUCGGAAGCGGAACACCUCAAAGAGAAGAUCAACGAGUUGUCAACGAAAAGUUCGGAGUUUCCCGCUGGGAUGCGAUCGAUAUCACAGUGUUGCAGGCAGUACUGGCAAAUACCCGGUAUACCAUCGAUAUUGGUCGAAUCCGUAGAGAGUUCUGGUCUAUGGAAUCCUGCAUGCAAUGUAGAGGACAUGCCGAAGGAUCACAGAGUUGACAGCGUAGCUUUUCUAAGCUUUUCUUCACUCACCCAUGUUUCAGCACCGUCAUUCCUUCAUCCGGAUGUGUUCGCAUGUGUCGAAGACCUCGUUGACGAUGUGGUGACUGGUCGCCCACAUGCAGAACGACGGAAGCGAAAGCGAUUCCGGCGAAUGGACAAUUCGUACAAGCGUGGAUGGUGGGCAGUGGACACAAGAGAAAAUCUCGAAGCUGUUCGGGGCAGCCUCCAUGGCCGAGGUAUUCGUGAGCGGAUCUUGCAUCGUCUGCUGUGUAAACCAUGGUUCCUGAAGGAUGUGAAACUGGGCAGAGGACAUGAACUGCAUUUUCACUAUCGGCCUGAGAUGUAG